AUGGCCUCACCAACCCGAACACCGCCGCCUCCGCCGGCGGUAGAGCCCAUCGCGCCUUCUUCUCCUUCUUCAGAACAUCCGCCUGUCAAACCCUCCUCCGACGGAUCCCUCUCGCCGGAGAAUCCAGCGCCAGCUCCACCUCCUCCUCCUGCUACUCCACCUCCUCAUACUCCCGGCGAUAGCUCUCCUUCCUCAACUCCGCAUCCCAAGUCGCCACAGCCUCCUCCACCGCCUCCGCCUCCGCCCAGCGCUGAUGCUUCUCCACCCCUCCCGCGACAGGGCCAGACGUCACCGCCGCGCCCACUGCCCCCUCCCUCACCCGCUCCAGUAUCACCGCCUACUCCAGCGCCGGCGUCCUCGGAAGCCAAGUCGGAGCAGGAGGCGGCGGAAUCGGCUAGCGAAUCGGGGAGCAUGACGCUAGCCGUCGUUCUAGCCCAAACUGAAGAUUCGACGCCGCGAAAGGCCUCCUCGGCGGAGGCGUCCCCAACCGGAUCGCCGCAGAAGGAAUCGGCCGUCACCAUCGCAAAGCUCCUCUCCGGCGAAGACCCCGCGGCGACGGAGGCGAAGGCCACGCCAGACAAGGACAAGGUUACACCUCCGAGCGACACUGGGUCACUCGCCACGGCCGCCGCCGUUACUGCCGUUGGGGGAGUCGGAGGCGGCGUGGGGUCCAAGAGGUGGCUCCUUGGCGGCGUCCCGGAGAAGGUGCGGCGCGCGGAGCUGAGGAGGGCCGAGCUAGGGUUUAGGGUUUCAGCCGCCGUGUUCUGCCUGGUCGCGCUCUCCGUCAUGGCCGCCGAUACCACGACGGGCUGGUCCGGCGAUUCCUUCCGCCGCUACAACGAGUACAGGUUUCCCUCUGGACUCCUAGAACGCUGA